ACACCCCUCCCCACUAGACGACAAUGGUACGGUCGGCCGCGCCGUCAAGUUGAAAAUGCUCACUUCAAGGGCAGUUAUCAUCAUCAUCAGCACGUCUCUCCGGUCCCGCGGCCACUGUCGUGAACAUGCUUUGCAGAGUUGUUCAAAUGCGCAGGUGUGCAGCCACCCUCAGCCAAUCUAUAAACCAGGCAGCAGCAGCAGCAGCGAGGCACAAGCACACGCUCCCCGACCUGACCUACGACUAUGGAGCCCUGGAGCCCAGCAUCAACGCGGAGAUUAUGCAGCUGCACCACAGCAAACACCACGCCACAUAUGUCAACAACCUCAACGUGACCGAGGAGAAAUAUCAAGAGGCGCUGGCAAAGGGUGACGUGACGGCACAGGUUGCCCUCCAGCCGGCUCUGAGGUUUAACGGGGGAGGCCACGUUAAUCACACUAUCUUCUGGACCAAUCUUUCUCCAAACGGCGGAGGCGAGCCACAGGGGGAGCUAAUGGAAGCCAUCAAGCGGGACUUUGGCUCCUUCCAGACAAUGAAAGAGAAGAUGUCCGCCGCCACCGUGGCGGUGCAGGGCUCAGGCUGGGGCUGGCUGGGCUAUGACAAGGAGAGUGGACGACUCCGCGUUGCUGCUUGUUCAAACCAGGAUCCUCUGCAGGGGACAACAGGUCUCAUCCCUCUCCUUGGUAUUGAUGUAUGGGAGCACGCCUACUACCUUCAGUACAAAAAUGUGCGGCCGGACUAUGUUAAAGCUAUCUGGAAUGUGAUCAACUGGGAGAAUGUGACUGAGCGUCUUCAAUCAGCCAAAAAGUAGAACCCUACCCUCAGACAUCCCCAACAACCCGUCCCAUCCCCGAUCAAAGAGAAGUUGCAAAAAAUUCUUAGUUUUACAUUGCAUGUCAUGUCAAUGAUAAUGAUAAUGAUAAUGUUUUUGGAAUUCGAGAUGGUUCACUUGCAUUCAAGUUGCUUCCACUGACUUUGAAAAUACUCUCUUUAUUGUUGCAGAUUACAUUGUCCUUAUGGGGAAAAAAUGCACAAGUUGAAGCAAAAUUAAAAAUCAUUUGCAAGUGCCCUUUAAUCUCAGAUCUUCCCUCAACAACCAGACUUAUUUCGAAGCGCACAAAAAAUAGCCAAGUUCCAAGUGAAAGGCUGGCUUUUAUUUAUCUCACUGAAAUAACUGCUGACAUAUUCGUUGGCACAUAACCAGAGGGCAUAUUCACUGUCAGAAUAAUCCACACUGAAAGCAAUGUUAUUGCAGUCCCAUGUUAUUGAUGUAUUAUAAUAAAGUUAUAGGAUUUCAGUGGUAAAA